UGCCGAUAGGGAGAUCCACGGAAGAGAAGAGAGCUCCCUAUCGGCAGAUCAAAGCCACAUCUGUUGGGUCUCAACGGAAACGACGUGCUGUCACCCCAAAAGUGGAACAAACAAAAGAGGAACAGUCUGUGGAGCUUGCCUCCUCACCUGGCUUUUCACUUCUCCCCAGGUUUGCAAUCACAGGGACCUAAAUCUGCCAAUAAAGGAUGCUUUUCCACUUCUGCCCCCAGUGUGGCACCAAACUACAACCUGGCUUCCGGUUCUGCCCCUCCUGUGGGGACAAGCUGCAGUGUGUUGUGGACCCCUCUGGACCUGUGGAGGUUGCUUCCUCUGGAGUCUCUCAGCUUCAUGUCGCUGAUGGUGUAAUUAUGACUGCUAAUGCAAGCAGUCCUACUCCAAGCACAGCACAGCUGACUGGCUGGGACACAGAAGGCCUCGUCUGUGCCAACCCCAGCCCUGUGUCGACCCGUCCCCCACUCCAUAGGACCUGUAACUCUGUCCCCGUGGCCUGGAGCGAGGAAGCUCCUAGUAGUAUAACCAGUCCCCCUGUCACCGCCUCCCCAAAACAUACUGCAGAUCAAAGCCACAAAUCUGUUUUGUCUCCACGGAAACGACGUGCUCUCACCCCAAAAGAGGAACAGUCUGUGGAGCUUGCCUCCUCACCUGGCUUUUCACCUCUCCCCGGGUCCCCCUCCACAGUCAAGGGAAAGGCAAAGAAGGCCAAGCGGGUAUGUGCUGUGGAGCCACUGCAGGAAGGGGAAGAGCUUUGUGACACAACUGGCAGGAAAUGGAGGCUGUUGAAACUGUUGAGUCAGAGCGAUGCAGAGAUGUUCUAUGGAGUCCAGCAGAAUGGGCAAGGUGCCAAUUCCAGUGACUACAAGCACAUCCUCAAACUAGGGGCUAAGGACGGGAAGAUGUUUAAUGAGCAGAACUUCCUGCAGAGAGCUGCCAAGCCCUCAUCUGUGGACAAGUGGAUAAAGCAUGCCAAGAUGGACUUCCUUGGGAUUCCUUCCUGUGUAGGAUUUGGUCUCCAUGCAGACUCAUACAGGUUUUUGAUUUUCUCCAGCAUGGGCCAAACUCUUCAGUCUUUCAUGGAUGAGGGGGAGGGGCUCCUGUCUGAGAAAGCGGUCCUUCAGCUGGCCUGCAGAGUAUUGGAUGUGUUGGAGUUCAUCCAUGAAAAUGAGUAUGUUCACGCAGACAUCCAUGCUGAAAACAUCUACAUCAGCCCAGCACAACAAACACAGGUUAAUCUUGCAGGGUACUGCCAUGCUUUCCGGUACUCACCUGGUGGCCGGCAUGUGGAGUACCGUGAGAGCAGCCGAACACCAAAUGAAGGAGCCAUAGAUUUUAUAAGCCUGGAAUCUCACAAGGGAGCAGGUCCGUCUCGGCGUAGUGACCUGCAGGCUUUGGGCUACUGCAUGCUGCGCUGGUACACAGGGGCACUGCCCUGGACCUCCCUCACACACACUCCAGCCCGCGUUGCCACGGAGAAGGAGAGGUACAUGGAGGAUGUUCCAGGUCUCCUGAGUCACUGCUUCGGACAGAAGAAAGUCUCCAGUGCGCUGCAGGGGUACCUGUCUCAGGUGAUGGCUCUGCAGUACUCUGACCAGCCGGACUACAGGGCUCUGAGGGCAGGCCUUAGUGCAGCUCUGCAGAAGCUGGGAGGGUCACUGGAGCAACCUCUUGACCUUCAGGUCAGAACACCCACACCCACACAACCUCCACACUAUCCCCAAGCUCCAUUGAGAAAACUGUCAGAUGACCACAGAAACCUGGAACCCCCCCCUCCCCCCCAGCAGGUCUGACCAGAAUCCUGUCCCUUCCAACUGAUGAAAGCGAUCUGAGGAAGAUGAUACUUCGGGAUGAUAAUUCACUAAUGGGAUUUUUAGCCAGCUGUUUUUAAAAUGCUGACUUCAUGACUAUGUGGUGUGGGUCCUGCUGUGGUUUUACUGCACUCGAGGAGCGUGUGAAGGUGCGUUUCAUUAAGUUCACUGGAGGUGCAGUGCACAGAAACUCCUGGUUAUGCCAGGUUAGUGAGCACUGCUGUACUGUAUUAUUGUCAGCAGUAGUUGGCGCUGUGGCAGUGAGUGGGUAGUUAAUGUUUAACCUAUGAAAUAAUACAGUUUAUAACAAAGAGCCUUUGUUCAGGGUGGUAAUGAUUGUAAGUACAAAAAUGUACACUGUUCCAGUUAGGUGUUGUAGAUGUCCAUGAUAUGCAUUUUACUUUUUGUAUUGUUUUCAUAUCAGGAUAAUACUUUGUCAUUAAAGAGCUUUUAUUAAUUCAA